AUGUAUGCAAGCUGCCUUUUGGAGAAAGAAGCCGGCAUGUACCCAGGCACUCUCAGAAGCCCCGGGGGGGAAGGCAGCUCUGGGACGGGAGGCACUGGGGACAUUAGGAGCCCGUUCCAAGCCUUCAACUUCGGGGAGGCCCUGGCCUAUGCGCACUACAUGGGGUAUUCCCAUAUGCCUAGUAUGGAGUCUCCGGGGCCGUCGUUUGGGGGCUGGGGUUCACCCUACAGCCCCCCCCGUGAAGACUGGAGCGCGUACCCCAGGCUAUCCAGUACAAUGGGUGUGGUGGCCAUGAACAACAUGACCCCAAGCCCCGCCGCUUUCGGAUCGCCUGACUACAGCAACCUGGGCUAUCCGGGAGGCGGAAGCGGCGGCGGCAGCCUGCCAGACUCUGCAGGCGGGCAGCUGAUCCGCAGCGACACGAGCACCGUGGAUGCCAGCUCCCCUAGCAGGAGCCGGCACAGCCCAUAUUCGUGGAUGUGCAAGACCGUGCAAGUGACCGGGAAAACUAGGACAAAAGAAAAGUAUCGUGUGGUUUACACAGAUCAUCAAAGGCUGGAGCUGGAGAAGGAAUUCCACUGUAAUAGAUAUAUCACAAUACGGAGGAAAUCAGAGCUGGCAGUCAACCUGGGCCUUUCUGAGAGACAGGUGAAAAUCUGGUUUCAGAAUCGCAGAGCCAAGGAGAGAAAGAUGAUCAAGAAGAAAAUCUCCCAGCUUGAGAACAGUGGAGGUUCAGUGCAAAGUGACUCAGGCUCCAUCAGCCCUGGUGAACUGCCUAACACUUUUUUCUCCACCCCAUCUGCAGUCUGUGGAUUUCAGCCUUUCGAGAUACAACAGGUCAUAGUCUCUGAAUGA